AUGAUUGAGAUCACUGAUUCACGUCUGAUAAGUCUUAUUCGUCGAAAAAUCAAAUUGAAUGCUCCAUAUGCGGGAAUAUUUUUAAAGAAACCAAAUACAGAACAGUCAGAUGUCGCAAACAGUAUGGAUGAAUUGCAUCGAGUUGGCACAUUUGUACACAUUCCUGAAUGGGAUGAUUUAGGCUCGAAAAUUCGACUACUAGUUAUUGGACAUCGUCGCAUUGAACUGAUUCGUCCAGUUGUAGAGGAUAAUGUAGAAGAAGAGAUCAGCUUGCCAGUUGGGAAACGUAACAGUUUAGUUCGACGCGCUAAGCGUGCAGCGGUCAAAAUCACAGAAUCUUUAAAUUCUAAACCAUCAAAUAAUCAAACAUCAUCAUCAUCACCAUCUUCGGAAGAUACAACAUCUAUAAAAGGUGAAAAUCAGUCAGAUAGCAACACUAAUGGGAGUAGUAGUAGUGGUAGUUCCAGUGCUUCCACAUUAUUGGAUAACGUUGAACUUGGUGCUUCUUCACCAGUUUUAAUUGGUGAAACAAUUAAUCUCUAUCAUGAUCUGUAUGAAAAUACACAAGAAAUUAAGGCUUUAAGCGCUGAAAUUGUAAAGACAAUCCGAGAUAUAAUUAGUCUUAAUCCUGUGUAUCGAGAAAAUGUUCUUGCGAUGCUCCAAGCUGGACAACGUGUUGCUGAUAAUCCUGUAUACCUCAGCGAUUUAGGAGCCGCAAUGUGUAGUGCCGGUGAUACAGAAGAAUUACAAGCAGUUUUAGAAGAAAUGAAUAUUCAUAAACGUCUUCGAUUAUCAUUAAAUUUAGUUAAAAAAGAAUAUGAAUUAGGUCGACUUCAACAACAAAUAGGUCGUGAAGUUGAAGAGAAAGUUAAACAACAACACAGACGUUAUAUGCUUUCAGAACAAUUGAAAGUAAUUAAAAAAGAACUAGGUUUAGAGAAAGAUGAUAAAGAUACAAUUGUUGAAAAGUUUCGUAUGCGUUUAAAGGAUUUAACUGUUCCAUCUGGUGUUAUGGAAGUGAUCGAUGAAGAAUUGAAUAAAUUAAGCGUUUUAGAUAAUCACUCUUCAGAAUUCAAUGUAACACGUAAUUAUUUGGAUUGGUUAACUGCACUACCUUGGGGUGUAACAAGUGAAGAACAUUUAGAUAUUGGACAAGCAAAGAAAAUUUUAGAUGAAGAUCAUUAUGGAAUGGAUGAUGUGAAAAAACGUAUUCUGGAAUUCAUUGCUGUUAGUCAAUUGAAAGGUUCAACACAAGGCAAAAUUUUAUGUUUUUGUGGUCCACCUGGAGUUGGUAAAACCAGUAUUGCUAAUUCAAUAGCUCGUGCAUUAAAUAGAAAAUAUUUUCGUUUUUCUGUCGGUGGAAUGUCUGAUGUAUCUGAAAUCAAAGGUCAUAGACGUACUUAUGUUGGUGCUAUGCCUGGUAAAAUUAUUCAAUGUCUUAAAAAAACUAAAACUGAAAAUCCACUCAUUUUAAUCGAUGAAAUCGAUAAAUUAGGUCGUGGAUGGCAAGGUGAUCCAGCUAGUGCUUUAUUAGAACUACUUGAUCCAGAACAAAAUGUUAAUUUCCUUGAUCAUUAUCUUGAUGUUACAGUAGAUUUAAGUCGUGUAUUAUUCAUUACAACAGCAAAUCAAUUAGAUACAAUUCCAGAACCAUUAAGAGAUCGUAUGGAAGUGAUUGAAGUAUCCGGUUAUAUUGAAGAAGAAAAAUUAGCCAUUGCAAAACGUUAUCUUCUUCCAUUGGCUACUCGAAAUUGUGGUCUAGAUGAUAAUCGUCUUUUAAUUGAUGAUAAUGCAAUCAAACGUUUAAUUAAACAAUAUUGUCGUGAAAGUGGUGUACGUAAUCUACAAAAGCAUAUUGAAAAAAUUGUUCGUAAAGUUGCUUAUCAAUUAGUCAAUGCAGAGAAAGAUCCACCAAUUCUAGUCAAUAGUGAUAACUUAACCACAUAUGUUGGUCAACCAAUUUGGACAUCAGAUCGUUUGUACGAUUCUAUCACACCACCUGGGGUUGUUAUGGGUUUAGCUUGGACAUCAAUGGGUGGUUCUGUUCUAUAUAUUGAAUGUACUAAUAAAAAACCGAAAUAUUUCUACCAAUCUACCAAUACUACUGAUUCACAUAGUGAUAGUAGUAGUGAUUCGGAGGAAGUAUCUAAUAAAAAAGGGAUUUUACAAAUAACUGGAAGUUUAGGAAAAGUUAUGAAAGAGUCCAUAUCUAUCGCUCAUACAUUUGCUACACAAUUCGCUGCUUCCGGUGCUCCAUGCUUUUCUACAACUACUGUCACUGAUAAUGAUAGUGCUGAUAGUAAUAAUAAUCAAGAACAGUGUAUGCUUAAUCCAACAGAAUCUUCAAAAGCAGCUUUAUUCCUUCAAGAAUCUGAUAUUCACUUACAUGUUCCUCAAGGUGCUACACCUAAGGAUGGUCCAUCUGCUGGAGUAACCAUGGUAACGGCUUUGUUAAGUUUAGCAUGUGGUAAACCUGUUCGUCCUAAUCUAGCUAUGACUGGUGAAAUAAGUUUAACUGGUAAAGUUCUACCAGUCGGUGGUAUCAAGGAGAAAGUUAUCGCAGCUAAACGUGGUGGUAUAACAAGUAUCAUUUUACCAGAAGCAAAUCGUAAAGAUUAUGAUGAUUUAGCAUCGUUUAUUAAAGAUGAUUUACAAGUUUAUUUUGUUCAACAUUAUAAAGAAAUUUUCCCAGUGGCAUUUUUACAAACCUGA